ACUGCUAAACGAAUCGAGAGAAGAAGCUCGAUAUUUUUUCGCAAUCCUCCUCCGUGUGUCGUACGCGUUCCGUUGCGCGUUUCAUUUGCAUAUAUUCUCCUGUGUGUGUCGUCGUCGUCGUCGGUCGCGGGAGUACCGUUUUUCGUUUUUUCGCUCCGUUUUUCAACCUAGCAGCGGAAGAAAGGUACCCCUUGUAAGCCUAGGCAGUCUAGACAAUAAAUGUGAGCAGUUCGGCGCCGAGUUUCCGUAAUUCCCGUAGUGUUGUGGCCAUUCCGUCAACCUCCCGCGCGAUAACUGCGUAGUCAGCGAGCCAAUUACCAUUCCCUGCCCUCGCGGUCACCCCCUUCGUACAAAAGAACUAGGCUUGCACCCGGACAACAGGAGGAAUAAGAAUCAGCCCCCCUCCCAGACAAGAGGAAGAAGCUCGCAGAGAUAACAACAAUCGGCGGGGCCUUGAAUCGUGGCGCCGCCGCCCCGGGGGCAAUUGUUGACCAGCAGCGUUAGUCAUCGUCGUCAUCAUCUCCUUGUUGAAGAAGCUAUGAGCUGCGCGGUUGACCGCUGAAGAUAUUAAGCAGAAAAGACAACUUGCAGGAAGUUCCCUCGUAGAAGAGUAGCGAGUAUCCGGAUUCACCGUAGAAUCAGCAGAAAUAAACCAAUCGCAGUACAUCCCACAAACCAGCUAGCAACAAAAUGGGCCAGACACUGUCGGAGCCGGAAACGUCGAAGGAGUCGGCGUUCUGCCAGAACGACUACUACAAGGUCGGUUCGAGCUGCAUGCAGGGCUGGCGCAUCCACAUGGAGGACUCGCACACGCACAUCCUGUCGCUGCCGGACGACCCGGGCACGGCGUUCUUCGCGGUGUACGACGGCCACGGCGGGGCGAACAUUGCGCAGCACGCCGGCAAGCACCUGCACAAGUACGUGACGCGGCGACCCGAGUACGGGAGCGACAUGCGGAAGGCGUUGCAGCGGGGCUUUUUGGACAUUGACGAGGCCAUGCUGAACGACGACUCGCUGAAGGAGCAGAUGGCGGGUUCGACGGCGGUGACGGUGCUGGUCAAGAGCGAUCGGUUGUACUGUGCUAACGCGGGGGAUUCGAGGGCGAUCGCUUGCGUCGGGGGGAAGUUGGACGUGCUGUCGUUUGACCACAAGCCGAACAAUACGAACGAGCUGGAGAGGAUAAAGAAGGCGGGUGGGUACGUGGAGUACAACAGGGUGAACGGAUAUUUGGCACUUUCGAGGGCGCUCGGGGAUUUCAGCUUGAAGCGCAACUCGAACGUACUGCCGGAGGAACAGGUUGUGACGGCGUGGCCGGACAUUGAGGAGCGGGUUGUGAACGACGAGUGGCAGUUUAUGGUGAUUGCGUGCGACGGCAUUUGGGACGUGCUGCCGAGCCAGUCGGUGAUGGAGUUUGUGCAGGCGGAGAUCGCGCAAGGAAUUUACCCGCAGAACAUUUGCGAGAACCUGAUGACGCGCUGCCUGGCGCCGGACUGCCAGAUGGGUGGAAUCGGCGGCGACAACAUGACGGUGAUCAUCGUGUGCUUUCUGCACGGCCGACCGUACGAAGACCUGGUGAACAAGUGCAAGGAACAGGUCGCGGAGAUGAACCGCAAGAUGGAGGCCAUGUUCAUCGACAACGAUCACCAGUCGCCGGCCACGUCGGCCAGCUCGAAGGACCCGGCGACGGAAAACGAAGACGAGAAUGUCCCCUCGCCGCUCACCUCCCCGGAACAUUCGCCCAAGGCCAGCAGCGAAAAGACAAAGCCCCCGAAAGGCCAGGACGGCGCCGCCGGACAGUCCUCGGAGGAGGACACGAGCGAGGAACUCGAUCUCAAAUAAGGUUUGGACUGUGUGUAGAGCUCCGUUGUGUCUUGUCGUUGGUGGUUCCUUCCAAAAAAGAAAAAAAAAACAAAAACUCUUGUGAAUGCCUGUAGGUUGUUAUUGUGUCUAUUGUUUUCUUUUUUAAACCAUACUCUAUAGAACAAACGCGUAUAUCAAAAUAGUAGCUGUGUAAACUGUCUAAAUUUUCCAAAACUCAAACAGACAUCGUUUGCUCAUCAUCCCCCAUGUUCUGCUUAAGUUAAUCGUAACCGUAGAGUGUGUAACUUGGUGUAGUUUACAAAUUAGUGAUUAGCACAGUGUAAGGCCGACCCCUAACGGUGGUUUCGCAGUAAAUUCCUUAUUUUUUUCUUUGUUUACACAAGACAGAGCGCGUUCUCGCCGAGCAGGAGAGGUUAAAGCUUUAUUUUUUUAUUACUCAUCAUUGUAGAUAUCCUGUGUUAGCAAGAAAAAGAAAAUAAAGAUAAAAA